GUCAUCCUUGCAAGCUCCCUUGCUCAUCACUCGAUAUGAAACCUGUAUUAGCCAUCUGUUUUCUCGUGGUCAUCUUCGUGACUGCGUCUUCGGCCCAUCAUCAGCAACUUUGCGGCAAACCUUACUGGCAGCUGGUCAAGGAGCUUAAUUGUAUAACGAGCCGCAUUUCACGACGGACACUGCAAGCUUUCUCCCAUGCUGUGUGGGAGUUGCACUGUCCAAACUAUGCUUGUGCGAUCAGGAGGAUGUGUUCAUACAACGAUCUCGAGGGAGCCAUGUCAUAUUUCUUCAACUGGUUCCAGAUUCAACACUUUCACAGAGUCGCCCGUUUUUGUUCUCGGAGAACCCAGGAGCUUUGGUGGCCAAAGUGGUGGCAGUCUACAUUCCCUAGCUAUGGAGAACGUCGCAUGUUUCUCUAAACGCAGCUAUGAAGUUUGUGAUUGAGUAUUAGGACUCAUAUUCACUUAAGUAUGAGGAAACCAGUAAACUUUCUGCGGGAUUUGUUGCAAA